UUCGUUUUCCUCGCACAGGAGCGCAACAAUCAGCAACAGCGGCCGAAGCUGGAGAUCUCAGCCAGAAUAAGAGUCGUAACGUCGAAAUGGAGCCUCAGCCAAAGCAAGUUCCCCCCGCCCAGGACUCUUCAGAUGAAAAGCCAAAACUAGAUGGAAGGAGUGAUGUGCCAUCAGAAACAGAGUCAGAAGGAGGAGAUGCUGCAGGAACUGUGAAAGACGCUGAGCCUCAGCGACAGCAGGUUCCCCCCGCCCAGGACUCUGCAGAUGAAAAGCCAAAACUAGAUGGAAGCAGUGAUGUGCCGUCAGAAACGGAGUCAAAAGGAGGAGAUGCUGCUGGAACUGUGAAAGACGCUGAGCCUCAGCGGCAGCAGGAGCCGACAACGCCCCAGGACUCUGCUGAUGAAAAGCCAAAAUCAAAAAGCAGCUUUUUCUCAAAGAGGACAGGAAUGAUCCUUGCAAUAACAGGAAGUACAGUCGUUGGAGGAAUAAGUGCAGUGGCCCUGGCUCCUGUGGUUCUGGGAGCCAUUGGUUUCACCUCAGCUGGGAUAGCAGCAGGAUCCCUCGCUGCAAGCAUGAUGUCUAGUGCAGCCAUCGCCAGCGGAGGAGGGGUGGCAGCUGGAAGCCUAGUGGCGAUCCUACAAUCUGCAGGUGCUGUUGGUCUAUCAGCGACAGCCUCUGCAGUUGUUGCCAGUGUUGGAGCUGGUGUUGGAGCUGGUGUUGGAGCCGCUAUCGGGAAGGUAGCAGGCAAAGGCCACGAACAACAGGAUGAGGAGGAGGAGAAGAAGAAGAGGAAAAAGAAGAAGAAGGAUCAGAAUAAAGAAGACAAAAACAAUGAUGAUGAUGAUGAUGACGAUGAUGAUGAUGGUAUAGAAGAAAAAGGGCAAGAACUGGAAUAAUUUUUCUCCCACACUAAUAUUUUUGUUUACUUGCUAAUCUGCACGUUGUCUCGGUAUUAAUGGCCCGUCCUUACAUUUUUCACUGAUGUGUUGUAUACACUGAUAUCACAAUGUAAUUGGUGCUAAAACACUACAGCUAAUUAGAUCUAAACUGUAUUUUUGCAUUACAAUUUUUAAUUUUCUUGCCUUCACGUUGUCUCUAUAAAUUCCUUUCAACAAGAACACAAUAAUUAGGAUUUAUUCCAUUUCAUUAUUUUGAGCAAUAAAUAUUUAUUUGAAAUAUA